AUGAAAAUUGUAUUUGCAUUUUUUUUAUUAAUAAACUUCGUUAGAUGUCACUAUCUUCCUGAUUUCUCAUUUUUUAGGAUAAAAAAUUACCCAAAGAUUACACAAAAUGGAAAUAGAUUCGUUGUUAAUUUUGAAAUCCUAUUAGGAAAAGAAUUUAAGUUACGUGACCUUCGCGCUAAGGCUAGAUCCUCUUUUGUCCUGUCCCUCCUUUAUCCAUUGAAUUUAGAGUUAAGUCAUCAUGGUGAACUCAGAUAUGCAGGCGACGUAGAUAAAGCCAAAAAUGCAUCAACCACACAUGAUUCUUAUCCAGUGAUGUUAGAUAAUUAUGGAACUGACCAAUAUACAUUCAGAGGAUACUCCGCUAUGGAUAUAGUAUUCAACGUUGACAGCAAGUUUUCAAAAGCAAUGGGAAUCAAUGAUUCCACUACCCUAAAAACUGAAAUCUCGUCUGUAACAUCAACUAAAGGUUUGGUCCUUGACCUUUAUUUCCGUGGAGAUACCUUGAAAAGAGGUGUAUAUAACUUUACAGCAGUCUUCCAAACAAGACGUGAUUUAAGCACUACCGAAAUGAAAUCCUACUAUGACGAAUUCGUGUUGGCCCUGGGUUAUAGCCACGAGGGCUCCAAAAAAGCAGAAGGAAUGAAGUGUUUAACUAAAUCACCACUUGCAGGUGCAAUUAUGAUCAAGCACUUCCAGGAACGUUCUCUCCAAUGUUUGUCCUGUUCAUACUACCUUGGUUAUGAGCUCGGUGAUCCCAAGCACAAAUUCCCAAUAGUCAAAAAAAUUAAUGUCACUGGAAAUGUUGAACACGAACCCAAAACUGGAUCAAGCUUUUUGACUGUAAAAUUGACCAUGGACGAUAAAUUAGACAGUGAUAUGUUCUCUUCUGCCACUGCUGAUAUUGUAAUAGACUUACCAAAGUCCAUUUCAGGACUCAAAUUAGACGAAAGCAAGGUAUGCAAACCUGAAUUUACUCCAAAACUUCACUUUGUUACUUGCAAAUAUGAUGCUGAAAAAGGCAGAGUUACUUACAACAUGAUCAGAUCCCACUUAGAACUACAAAUUACUCUUUCAAUCAAAAUAGAUAUCUCAGGAUCUGAUAUUGUAUCAUAUUUAUCAUCUAAUAAAUCAAAUGAACUCACAACCUACGUGUACUACAACGUCAAUUCAGAUAAAAUUGAAGUAUCAAGUAUAGACAUACCUAAAACGAUCCAGUCUACUAAUAAGUAUGUGGGUCUUACAGAGUCCUUUGAACCAAUUGUUAAAGAACUAUUAGGGCAAUUGAUAGAACACACUAGCACAAAGAAAUAUUUACUAUAUGCAGGCACAACUAAAGUCGAAUUGAGUAAAUUAAACCCUCUAAUCUACACUAUAUCUAAAAUUGACGACCUCAAAGUCAUGAGGAUGUACCUCCCAGCUGAUCCCAAGUUUGCAUCACAGAAAUUAAAGCUUAACAUUACCCUCAAAAAUUUCGGAGAGGAUUAUUUGGGACUCCCCACUGAAAAAGACUACGCUAAGAACAAGUUGUUGCCCAGAAACAAGGGUGUCUCUCGUAGAUUUAAAGGAGUCUCAGUUGAAUUCAACUACGGCCCUGUAUUAAGAGAUGAAGACAAGAAUAAGUUCAGUGAGAUCACAUUGGUUUUCAGGUCCAGACAUAAUGACCUUAUGAGGUUGUACAGCCCUGGAUAUCUUAACUUUUCACUGUCAAAUAGAAGUGGAGACAUACCACUUCUUGUAUAUCCCAGGCCCCCGUUACUAACAUCCGAUGUAUACACCGCCAAAUCAUCUAAAGUAAUGGUAACUGGACCUCAUUUGGAAAGAAACCCCGAUUCAGUUCUCAUGCAAUUCAUGAUAAAAACCACCAUCAGCAAAGCAACCAUAUUCCACUUCAAGUUCGAUAAAACAUCCAAUAGACUUUUCGGUAAAUAUCUUACUGGUAAAAUGAAUAACGAAUUCGAUGGAAUAUCUACUGUACAAACCGAUGGAUUAAAGUACGUAGAGUUUUUUCUGGACCCAUCAUACAAGGAUACUGAAUAUAACUUAAAAAUUGACAUCACCGUCAAUACUAAAGGUUUAGAACAGUUUCCAUUUGAUAAAAUGACUUUGUAUGUGGAAGAGGAGCCAAAAUUCAAAGGAAUAAUUUUCAGGCCUCAGGACAUGACUGGAAACAUUUUCACUCAAGAAUACUCACUUGAAGAACUCAAUCAUUUAGAAAAGGAUUCUGUCCCAUGCUUGUCUGCAGAUACCAAGUUCUCAUCCUCAAUGUUCAGAUCCGGGGAUAACGCAACAUAUAUCUUUGCAAGAUUAUUUGACUGCAAAAAGCCUUGGUUAUUGUCCAAAUCAUAUAGCUCUGGUGAUCUUUCAGUCUCAUUGGGCGAAAAAGAAAAGGAAAAGGGUUAUCAUGUCACCGUCACAGAACCAUUGAGCUUGGCAUACCCUGACAAGGCAUUACCAGCAAUGGUAUUGAGUAAGCAAAAACGAUUUUAUGAGCACAUACUAUACAUUUUCCUUGAUGAAAUGGCCGUCAAAACAAUAAGAAAACAAAUGAUUGCCGCUAAAACAUGUGUAGCCAAAGAUGCAGUAUGCAUUGAAACUGCAUUCGUGAAGAUGCUUGAAAAAUUCUUCGCAGACCUGUUUGAAGACGAAAAAGAACUGUCCUUCAGUAAAGCAGCUGUUAGAUACUAUGAUUCAUCUAAAAAAUUGCACCUCUUAACCCUUAGCUCAGACAAGAAAUUGACAAGUGAUGGAAAGGAACUGUCAGACUACACAUUAGUAAGAGACGCUUUUGAACACACCUUGGAUGAAGCAUUUGCACACUCACAUGCUGAAAAAAUGGGAUCAUCAUUUUCCGUGAUAGCAGUAGUAGACAAUACUUUCGUAUACGAAUUGAAGAAUAACCUCACUACAUUCGUUCCCAAUAGAUACGGCCCAUCAGUAAAUGGAAUAUACCAACACCCUGUAUUUGUUGACAUUAUCCCAGUUAACAAUGAUUCCAACCUUCUCAUCGGAGGAUUAGAAUCAUCAUGCACAAAGAUUCCAGUAAUUACUAGAGAUACUCUUAAGACCUAUGAUGAGGUUAUUAUGGAAAUUGACAUGGAAAAAUUAGAAAAUACAGUAUUCACUAGUUACCAAUUCAAGAAUGUGGCCAAACCUUUGCAAGUAACUCCAAAACUACCUUUAGGUAGGACCAGCACCAUUGAAUUCAAGAGAGAUGACUUUAAAUUAUUCUUUGGAAUAUCCGAAUUGAUACCUAGGACUUGCGUUAAAGAGUUAGGUAAAGCCAAGACUCCAGUCUACAAAGCAAUUAAAGAAGCUGUCAACUACGCCAAGGAAUCCACAAAAUCAUAUCAUGUCAUUGCAACUUGUGCUUCAUUCGGAAACAACGAACUUUCUAAAGCUGAAAGUACUUAUUUACUAACCUUCAAAGACGUUGUUCUUGGAAAAUACACUGUAAUUCCCAAGGAUGAAGGCCCAGAUAAGAUGUUAUCAGAGUGUGAUAUAUUUUCCCUAUACAAGUAUAUGCCUGACACUCCUCAUUCCGAAGUUUCAGAAGAUUCACUCCACGCAGUACCUAGCAAGGUUAAGACCUCCAAAGUAGAAGAUGAUGUACAAAUAGUAGAGUCUGGUGAGAAAGCGGUUGAAAUGACCGAAUCAUAUAAGAAGCACAUGAAAUACGUGCAAUUACAAAAGACCAUUGGCCAAUUUGAUUUUGAAGGAAAGCAGGCUGAUCGUGAAGAGGUAUAA